CCAGCCCACCCAGCCCUAUCUUCGACCGCCGUGCGCUGCAACCCGUGACGUCUCCCGCGAAGCCUCUGCACUCGGCCCGCCCUCGCCCUGCCACCCGGAGUGCUCCCAGGCGGCGAGGCCCGGUAGAUGCUUCCCUUACCCCGCUGCUCGCCAUGGACUUCGUUCCCGGCAUCCUCAGGCUCAGCAGCGAGCUGCUGCGCGAGAUCCUCGACCACAUCGAAGCAGAUCCCGAGAAGCUCGUCAGCCUCGACCGCCGCGCCUAUCUGUCGCAGGAGUCGUUCAAACCGCCGCCGCCCCCGGCCCGCGACCAGGCCGCGAACAUCGCCAGCUUCCGGCUAACAUGUCGACGAUUCUCGGAGCUUGGCGCCAUCCACCAGUUUGCCCGCGUGACAACCCGCUUCUCGCGCAAGGGCCUGAAGCGGCUGGAGAACAUCGCGGGCCAGGAGCACCUGGCCAAGCAUGUCAAGAAGUUCAGCUACAUGGUGCCGUUUUUCUACGUUGAGGGCCGAGAGCGGGUUCGUGACCUCCUGCCCAAUCUGCAGGACAGCCUCGGCUUCCUCGAUGUGCGCCAUUUCCAGCGGAAGGUGAACGAGCAGAAAGAGAUAGUCCAGACCAAGGAGGAUGUCCGCGUCCUAACCAAGGCCAUAUCCGCCUUCACGUCGCUGCAGCACGUGCAGAUUCUGCGGGUCCAAGACCAGGAGGACGGGCUGCUUCUGGCCUACAUCCGCCAGCACGACGAGCUCGGUCAGCUGGUGGAGCUGAAAUGGCCACCCGCCUGCUCCCACAGCACCAAGACCAUCGGUGCGGCUCUGCUGGCGUCGCGGUCGCCCUGCACCCGCUUCUCUUCGCCCAUGCUGAGCCCGGUGAGCGUCAUCGGCCUUGCCCACGAUCCGCCAAACACCUUCCAAGUGCUUGCAGAGCGUCUAACCUGCCUCGAACUCCACUUCGACGACGGGUACGAUCUCGACAACCGUAUGAAGGAGCUCUCCACCCUGUCCAAGGUCGUCUUCAGCGCUGCUAAGAAUAUGCAAGCCGUGCACAUUGGAUUUCCCUCGCAUAGGCCACUGGGCUUGAAGUUAGAAGACAUCUUUCACAACGUCAAGUGGGAAAAACUACUCGCGUUCGGCAUCCAAGCAUGGAAGCUAGAUGCCGACGAGAUCAUCGCGCUAGCGCGGCGGCAUCGAGAAAAGCUGCGUGGGCUGCGGUUAAGAGACGUGUUGCUAAAAGACGGAAGUCGGUGGAAAGACGUCCUAGCGUUCCUAAGGGAUGACAUGGCGAGGCUGGACUGGGUGAGCUUAAGAAGAAUUGACUACGCAAUACACUUCGACGAGCAGUGGACGCUGGGGGCUGAGGUGCCUGACGACCCUCCAGGAGGCGCCAGCGACAGUGAUGAUGAAAGCGACGACUGGGACCCCCACGCCGAAGCCAUCGGGGACGAAUCGCCUGAUCAGUCCGACAUUGAAAGCACAGGUUCUCCCGAAACGGACUCAGAGGCCGGAAGCGAUGACGAGCCGGAGCAAGGCGGGGGCAUGGAUUUCCCCCCAAUGUCACCAGACACGCCUGCGUCGGCCGCGUGGUGUAGCUGCAACGGCCGUACCGGAUAUCCAGACAGCGCUGACGACCUCGGCGACGAUGGCAUUGCGGUGUCGUACCCCCAGCGCAAGUUGUGGGAGAAGUGGGUGGUCAGGCGGUGCGCAGAACACAGCCACAAGUAGGGCAAUAGAUGUCCGCGAAUUGAACAGCGGCAGAGCCACAUCUCUCCACGACUCGCUGAUCCCUGACACCGAUAGCCGCCGGGCCACGUACAUACAGACUCGACC